CUUUAAAUGGCAAGAUCUGCCUUUAUCUCUCUGCCUGUGAAUUCUUGACUUGGCCGAACAUUAAGACAAAGUAUUUUCUUCUCCAAAAAGAGUUUGGAGUGUGUGACAAACAUCACACUAUGGAAACCAUUGGAGAGAUCAUCCCGUUUGCUAAGGAGAUGCUGACCCAGAGGCCCAGCCUCAGCAUGCUGAAGCUCUACAUGCUGGGCUCCACUCUGGUGGUGCUGGGAGUCGUGGGAGGACUGGUGGAAACUGUUCUCCUGCCGUUUGGGGAGCAGGAAACUGUUGAGGACGCUCCAGGAGAGCUCAUCAUGGAGAAGGAGAAGAAGCCAGACAUGACCAUGGUCAGCCCUGAAGAGGAUGACGUGUACGAGACGGAGCUGAUGGAGGCCAAGGCCAAACAUCUGGUGACGGGCCGGAGGAGAAGCUCCAUCCGCUUACUUGGUUCUUAAAGAAACCCUCCUCUACUGGUGUAAAUGGACACAACACUUAAAAUGUUUAUGGUAAUGGUGCUGAAUUAAAUCACCACGUUGAACUUG